AUGUUGCAUAAAGCUGCUUCUGUACAUCUCUGCCUUGGGACUUUAACUUUCCUGGUCAUGAUCUCCAUGCAGACAACUGAAGGCAAACCUUAUCCCUUGCCAGAAAAUGAACUGUAUCCAGAAAAAGAUGUCAACCACCAGGAAAUGCUCCUGACCCUUCUCCUAAAUAAACACUUGCCAGAAACACUUGUCAGAAGACCCUCACACAUUGGGAUGGAGCUUGAGAGCAAGUUAGAACAACUGGAACAGCUUGAAAAAUUGAAGGAACAGCUUUCGGAAGAGAAGUCUGACGACAUGUCAUAUGUCAUGGACACGCUCCAACCUUCACAUCCAAACAAACGAGCCUGUUUCUGGAAAUAUUGUGUGUGA